AUGGAUGAAGUUACUGCUGAAAAACUGAUUCAAGAGUUCAAAAACAAUGGAAAAUUGGACUCUGAAGAUCCAGCACUCUUGAUGUUAAAAAGAUGGCCAGCAUCUAAGCAAUACCAAGAGAAUCCUGAGAAACUUCCAGGACUUGAAAAGCUGGUAAAUCGAUUGUUGGAAAUUCUGUUGGAAAGUGAACUGAACUCAGGUAACAGAUAUGAGAUGUUCAGAGAUGAGGAUGAUAAAGCAGGGAAGACAUUGCUGCACUAUGCUGCAGAACUUGGAUUUUUGUGUGUCACUAGAACACUGGUGAAUAAAAUUCCAUGGCUUUUGACAGUGGAGACAGUGGCUUUUGACAAUGGAGCACCGAAUAAAAAGCAAGAGCUGUUACCAGUUGACAUGGCAUUAAUAACAGAGAAUGAUGAAGUGGCAGCAUAUUUGAUAAGAAUGAUGUUGCCUGACAGAGCCCUGAGUCUCUUUUCAUGGAAUCCAGGUAAUAUGACAAACCCUCAGCCAUCCCAUGUCAGUCUCAAAUCCAUUAUUGACAAUCCAAAGAUGAAGAAAACAGUGGUAGCUGUGUUAGAUCAGAUGGUGAUCCCGCACUGGCCGCAUCUUCCAAAACGUAAAGAAAGGUACGAGAGUGAAGAAGAGAAAGAGGCAAUUGAAGGGGUCUGGAGUACAAUGACUGAAAAUCCUUUGAAUUAUCAGUUUUGUUAUCAUGUACUGGAUGCUGAUGAGGGAGGACGACCUCCAAAUAUCAACCUGUCAGCAGGGGAACAACAAGCAGAUAAUGAGUAUUUUAACUGGAGAGACAAGUCUUGUUUACAUGUGAUUGGAAAAAGCUAUAACAUGGAGGCCCUGCAGCAUCCAGUGGUCAGAAUGUUGAUCGAAACAAAGUGGAAAAGCUACGGACACUGGUUUCUCUGCCUUCAAGCAGGAUUAUAUGUAAUCUUCUUGCUGUGCCUGUCAUAUUCUCUGCUGUAUGGUUCAACCAAACCAGACCCCACUCAGUACAGGGGCGGGGCAGAUUUCCUUCGUGGGCUUUGUGAGGUGGUCACCCUCUCUAUGGUAUUGUUUUAUAUCUACGAAGAAAUCAAUCAAAUGAGAAUUGAGAGAAAUUCAUAUUUCACUGAGUGGAUGACCUUGUUUGACUGGUUAGGCCUGCUGUUGAUCCUGUGUAUCAUACCCUUGCGGUACACUAAAAGCAAAGCACAGUGGCUAGUGGCAUCGUUGGCUUUCCUGUUCAAUUUCCUGAGGUUAUUUAAGUUCUCUUGUGUGACAAGGUAA